AUGGAUAUCAAAAAGUGUGGUCUGGGUGCAAAUGUCCCAACAUUCUAUGAUCCAUCUGACGUCGAGUCAAUCCGUGCCUCUGUCUUCAAUGAUGGUAUAGCUUUUGUGGAAGGUUGCGAGGAAGAGGCCUUGGUGGGUCUUGCACACCAACUGGGACAAGUUGUGAGACCGCGGAAUGAGGCAACACCCGGUAGUGGUGUAAGUCGAAUUCGGUUUGCGUCAGACUUGAUUGGAAAGGGAUACAGCUCUGAAGAGCUAUUUUUUCAUACUGAUCGCAGCGGCUGGGACGAGCCUCCGCGGAUCUUGAUGUCAACACUUCGUUCUCAAUCAGAAUCCGGGGGUGAGUCGUUGCUAGUCGACGGCCAAAGCGUCCUCAAUACCCUCAAGAAGCAUGAUGAAGACCUGUACAACCUCUUCACUAGCUCAAAGCACACCAGCUUCCGUGCCGACGAUGGAACGUUCGUGCCACGGGCCAUGGUCGACAAGGACACGGGGAUUUUUCGCUUCCGGUUCGACGAUGGCAUCCAGAUGUCUGCAUCGAUGGUUGUUGGCUUUGCCAAGCUGCAGGAUAUCAUUUACCAGCAUGCCUAUUUCGUAACCUUGCGACCCGGCCAGGGCUAUGUGCUGGAUAACCACCGGUACCUGCAUGGGCGAGCCUCAUUCACUGGUUCACGGGAGCUGUUACGAGUCCUUGUCAAGCCCUCUUCUCCACCCAGCGAAAGGGUAAUCUUGUUUGACAUUGAUGGAACGCUUUGUCGGUCUGAGGCACUCAGUAUCGAUGCAUACUAUUCUUGUGUGAGUGACAUUGUGGGAAAGGACAUCAAUCAUGCAAAUACCCCGGUAAACCUGCACGGACGAACCGAUCUUGGCUUGCUGCAUGAUAUUCUGGAUUAUCACCAGGUGGCCACGAAGGAUCAGGUGGUGGAGAAGUUCCUCAAACUCCACCCGCAGUACCUGGAGCGUUCUUUGUUCAGGGGCCUACCAUCGGUGAUAUGUCCGGGCGCACAGGAAAUGCUGAGCUGGCUGAUUAGGGAAAAUGAGAACUCCAGCCUACCGAAGUUCCAAUUGGGUCUAAUUACGGGCAAUUCUCGACCCAACGCGUUGCUCAAGCUCCGUGGAGCGGGAAUCGACACCGGCAUAUUUGACCUCGCUAUCUCGUCAUUCGGUGACAGUCACCAUAAUCGACUAUCAUUGUUUCAAGAUUCACUCUCCAGAUUGCAGGCCCGCUUUGGUUCGCAUAUACGCGCAAAAGAUGUCCUAGUCGUUGGAGACACGCCUCUAGAUGUGGAAUGUGCGAAGCAGGCUGGUUGCUCAGUCGUGGCCGUUGCAACAGGGAACUAUAAGAUGGAGGAGCUUGCCUCGCUGAAGCCUAAUUUCUGCUGCAGUCAGUUGAUUGAAACGAAGGAAUACCUUCUGCAGGCGGCCUUUUAG